AAGAGCUGUAGGGUCUGCUUAAACCCGUAACCCUAAUUCUGUCUGUUGCUCCGCUCGCGACCUCUGGAGUUGCUGUUUUCGAUCUGUUGCACUCGCGAUGGCCGACCUCGAGGCUCCGCAGGUGGUUCUCCACACCACCAUGGGCGACAUCACAGUCGAGCUGUACAUGAAGCAUGCGCCCAAGACGUGCAGGAAUUUUAUGGAGCUUUCACGCAGAGCUUACUACAACAAUGUUCUUUUCCACCGUGUUAUUAAGAAUUUCAUGGUUCAAGGUGGGGAUCCGACGGGCACUGGGAGAGGUGGAGAAUCAAUUUACGGGUCAAAAUUUGAGGAUGAAAUUAGAAGGGACUUGAAGCACACUGGAGCAGGCAUUCUAUCUAUGGCAAACUCAGGCCCUAACACUAAUGGCAGCCAGUUUUUUAUAACUCUUGCGCCGACACCUUGGCUGGAUUCAAAACACACGAUCUUUGGUAGGAUUUGCAAGGGAAUGGAUGUGGUUAAGCGCCUUGGCAUGGUUGAAACCGACAAACAUGACAGGCCCAUUCAUGACGUGAAAAUUCUGAAGACGUCGGUUAUCGACUGAUUGCAGGUUAUCGGAGUGCUCAUCAAAGUUUUGUUUAGUUUUUUGUUUUGUAUUUUUUCAAACACUUCCUAUGACGCUCUUCCUACUCCCUCGUCUGGAUUUACACUUACACUGAGUGUACAUGUACUGUGGGUUGCCUACGGUCCACAUGUAUGACAGCAAGUGUGCUGAAGUCAGAAUUCUAUUAUUGCAAUCAAAUGGGAUAUGUUGUAGUUGCGCCCUUGGGUGGUUAGGUUCAUCAGACCACGAAGUUCAACACUCUUGACACGAGUUCCAUAUCGUGUCUUCAUGUGGAAAAUAUUUCAUAGCUGCGCACUCUGCAAAACCUGAGUCAUUAAAACUUAAGGUUUCAAAAUCACUAAGCUGAAGAAGUUGCUUCGUAUUUAAUUCUAGUUAUUUAAGGGGAAACAACCUGACUAAACGAAAUCGAAAUCUUUCCAUUGUACGCAGAGACUCUUCGAAAUGAAUAUUCUGAUUUAAUUUUAA